AGCGUUUUUUUUGGGAGGUAGGAAAACCUUCCUGCAAAGAGCUCAGGGCUGGGAUUUCCCUCAGGGCUGGGAUUUCCCUCAGGGCUGGGAUUUCCCUCAGGAUUUGGUGCUGUGGGUGAGGCGGGAAAAUGGCCUUGUCUCCCCACAGAGACAUUCCUGAGGCUGAAGUUGGGAAAAGGGAAGUGAAGAGAGAGGAAGGGAGCAGAGGAAGCUCUGGCUGGAAAAAAAUUCCAGAGGGAUCAGGAAUGGUGCAAAGAGCAGCUGCAAAUCCAUCGGGAGAGCCCAGGGCGGCCAAGAAAGGGCCCGUUCCCGGCCCAAAUGUCCCGGAGGAGAUUCCAGAGGGACAGCCCGAGAUUCCCAAGUCCCACUCGGGAGGAGCAGCGAGGGAACCGCCCACAGGGAUGGAUGUGGAGGGUGGGAUUGGAAUUCCCGUGGUUCCUGCUGGCACUGGAGCGAGGUCGGAAGAGAAGCCGCUGGUGUUACCCGGAGCGGGGAAGGAAGAGGCUCAUCCUGAGCCGGAGUUGGAGAUGAAAAAGGAGACUGAGGAGCCCUCUGCUCCCACCAUGGAACGUCUGGAAUCAUCCAGCAAGGCUGAGGGGGAGCCAGCGGCGAUCCCAGCGGCCGGAGAGCCUCCGGGAGCCAUCCCUGGAGCCACAUUCCCGAGCUCGGCUGAGGCUCCUGCAGACGCGGUGUCACCCGGUGUCACCCAGCCGAGCACGGAGCCGGCUGCUCCGGAGAAAAACCCCAUUCCUGAGGCUGGGAAAAGCAGCCAUGAAACAUCCACAGAGAGGAAAGCUGUCCCAAAAACUAUGGAUGCUCCAGGGAAAAAACUGGAUGUGGCGGGAGCAGAGAGAGAAGGGAAGGUGGAGGAAUCCGUGCUCAAAGCUGCGGGGGAAAAUCCCGGGAAGAUUUUGGUCAAGGCUGGGGCAGAGUCAGAGAAAGCACUUGGAAAGUCGUCAGCCAAGGGUGGCGCUGCCGUGGAAAACUCUGGGAAUGCCGGUGGCGACAGCCACACGGGAAGUUUGGUGAAAAUCCCACAAAAUAAAGGGAUGGGAGCUGCAAAAUCCGACGAAAGCCGCCCGGCAGCUCCGGUAAAUCCCACUGCAUCCCUCAAGGAAUCUUGCAUCGGGAAAACCCUUCUGAAGGCGGUGGUGUCCGUCCCGGAUAUCCUGAAGCAGAGAAUUCCAGUCAGGAUCAAUGAACCUUCCCUGGGAAAAGCUGGGGAGCAGAAAAUCCCCCCCAAACCGGAGCCGAGGGGCCAAACGGGGCCGGAGAAGAAAAUCCCAUCCAAAGGCACGGCUCAGCCGGGACCUGGGAGCAGCCAAUGGAAAGGGAAUGGAAACUCCGGAGCGGAUGGACAGGGAGACAGUGGGAGGAGCUCAUCCCAGCAGGAAAAGGAUUCCCAGCUGGAAUCUCGGGCUGGUUCAAAGCAGUGCCAGCAGGGAGAGAGCGGAACAUCCGGAACCAAAGGAGAUCCCGGCGGGAAUCAGGCUCCUGGUGGGGGUGCUGCUGCCGCUUGGAAAAGCGGCGCCAGCAGCGGCGGAAAGCAGAGGGAGGAGGAAGAGCUCUUCCCGUUCAACUUGGAUGAGUUCGUUACGGUGGACGAGGUGGUGGAGGAAGUCGAGUCCCCGGUGACCCCGCGGCGAAACCCGCCCAGGGGCAAGAGAAAAGAAGGUCCCAAACCCAACCCUUCGGAGCCGGCGGCCAAGAAGAGGAAAGGGAAGAGCUCCGGAGCGAGCGCGGCCGAAGGUGAGCUGUCCUUUGUCACCUUGGAUGAGAUCGGGGAGGAGGAGGACGCCCCGGUGCCGCUGCCGGGCGCCGACCCCCAGGGCCUGGUGGUGGUGGAUGAGGUGGUGGAAGAGGAGGAGCUGUCGGAAGCGGUGAAGGAUCCGCAGGCGCUGGUGACGCUGGAUGAGAUCUCGGAGCAGGAGGAGCCGGCUUCCCACAGGGCCGGGCCCCGGCCGGAAUUCGAGGAGCGGGAUCUGAAGGCCGAGCCCUUGGUGACGGUGGAUGAGAUCGGGGAGGUGGAGGAGCUGCCCCUGAACGAGCCCACGGAGCUGAGCGCCGAGGAGGGAAAAGCCAAUCCCGGGGAUUGCGCGGCCUCGCAGGUGCCCGACGAUCCCAACGCCUUGGUGACCGUGGAUGAGAUCCAGGAGGACAACGAGGACAACCCUCUGGUGACUCUGGAUGAGGUUAACGAGGAUGAGGAUGAUUUCCUGGCUGACUUCAAUCACCUCAAAGAGGGACUCAACUUUGUUACAGUCGAUGAAGUCGGGGAUGAGGAAGAAGAAAACGCUUUCCCAGGGAAAAAUCCACCCGAGGAUGAAGAUGAUGAAGAUAUUGUUGCUGUUGCAGGACCAGAAGAAAUGGGAAUUCUGGGAGAUACGAAUCCAGAGGAGGAAAUGGUUGAAAUCUCCAAGCCAAAAGCAGCUCAGCUGGGAUCAGGAGAUGCAGAACCAAAGUGUCAGCAGAAGAAAACGACUUUUCCAGGCGCCUCCAAGACGCAGAGCACUCCCAAAGCUCUGGAUAUCCUGGUUCCCAAGGCCGGAUUCUUCUGCCAGAUCUGCUCCCUCUUCUACGCCGACGAACCCUCUAUGAUCAACCACUGCAGGACCCCCCUGCACCGGCAGAACAUGGAGAAAUUCAUGGCCAAGCAGCAGGACAACGGCGGGGAAGAGCCGAGCUCCAGGUGAUGGGAGCACGGAAGGACCUUCCCAGGAACGACGCUUCGGGGCCACUCAGUUCUGUGUCUGUGGAUUUCCUUUGUCCGUUGGGGUCAGGAAGGAGCAUCCGUGGUGUAAAAAAAAAACAAUGGAGCUGGGAACAGACUAAAGCCAAAGCCGGUGAGGGUUGGAUUUGUGUCUCCGAUCAUCCGACGUGGGAGAGGCUGUUCCAGGUGUCCCCAGGAAAUAAAUGUUCUUACUGUAUAGUUA